AUGACCGGCGAUACUCCUUCAGCCCUGCAGCAGCCGAGCGGCUUCGAAGGCUUAGGCUCCAGUCUGCCAUCAGUUACCGGCAACGCUAUGAGACCACAGGUGGCCGAAACUUUGAGGUCGGAACUAGGAAUUUCACCUGCAUUAAUCAACUCGAGAGCGACUUCCCUAGCGCUAGAGACAGCUUCCAACCGCUCGACGCCAGUACCUUGCCCCGUAGACAGACAAGUUUUCCCGGUCAAUUCGACUACCGCGACAGGUCGGCAGAUACUAUCUCCGACCCCUCUUCUACCAAAUCGGAACCAAUUCGCAGCCUUGAGUCCAUCUCCAGCCCCACUCGGCUUAGACGACAUAAUAGUGGACAACCAGGAGCUAGAGACAGUCAUCCACCUUUUCAACAAGCAAUGGAACACCUUUGUUCAAGCUCGAGAAAAUCAGAACCUACGUUUGAUGCGGAUGGCUCUAGUCCAAGCAAUAUCCAGCCAGGACGAAAUCCGAUUACUAGCUGGAGGAGCAGAGAUGCUCAGAAUCUGCGAAAAUUGGAUAGCGCGGGAAGAAUUAGCAGACCUGGAGAGAGCCGAAGCUGCAAGUUGCCACCAGACGGCCCAACGUCUAGCCAUAACCCAAACGGCCCAUCCCCGGCCCCUCAGCGUUUGA